AUAAUGUUGUAGAAAAAAAAAGUAUUAUUCGCCGGCGACACUCUCUACUGUAAUUGGACCGUUUUAGAAAAACCUGGUUAACCAAAAUUUGUAAGGGUUUUGCUACAGUAACCAGAAACGCCUCCUAAAGUCCCAAACCCUUUACCGACGAUCUCUCGCGGUUCUGGGUUCUCUCUUCACAAAUGAAUUCAAUUCAACGUAUCUCGUUGACAACGCGGCGUGGAAAAAGGCUAAGCACCACCAUCGAGUCAUGUGUACGCCAUUUCUCCGGAGGACAACAUGGCGUAAUAAAGGACGAAGGAGACUGGUUUCACUCCCCGGAAUGGUGGGAUCCUCACGACGGCGGCCACACGGUUUCACGAGCUGUAUCUGUUAAAGGAAACGGCGUCGUUUCAGUCGUCGCUCACCCUUCUUCUCUCCCUAGUAGAGAUUCAUGGGGAGAAACUGAGAGAUGGUUAGAGAAAAGGUAUAUGGAGAUAAUGCCUAGAGAUGGUGAAGAGGAGAAGAAUGGGAUGUUUAAGGUACUUGGCUAUCAAUGGCGUUCGCUUCGCUUUAACGAUGAUACUCGACAAAGCACUGUGAAAGUUAUGGCUGCUUGUAGAGCAUUGCAACCGAGUUCUGUUUUCUAUAUGCAACAACCACAUUGUCUUGCUGUUCCAUAUCUGAAGAGCAUGGUUUCAGUUGGAUUGACUUCCCUUGCAGCUUCUAAAUUUGAUAUGAGGAGUGUAGCUAUUGGGACGAAACAAAUGCGCAUAUUAUGCAUCGGUCACGGUGGAGGCAGUUUGCCGUUGUUUUUAGCUAAACACAUUCUUGGUGCUGUUGUUGACAUAGUUGAGCUCGACCCACUUGUUAUCUCAGAGUCGGUUCGAGCAAUGGGGUUCCCUGCAUUCUCCGUCAUGACAGCAACCGGGAAACGUUCAAUACCAACUCCUGAAAUUAUUGACCAAGUGAUGUGGCGAGGCAUCCAUGAGAGACUCUUCCUCUACGAAUCAAAAGCUGAGGAGUUCAUUCUCAGGAACCAAAGUAAUACUUAUGACAUGAUCUUCAUGGAUGCUUAUGACGGAGCAGACAUCUUUCCUCAUAGUCUGUGGGAUUCCAGUUCCGUGUUCAUGAAAGCUCUGAGCAAAGUACUUCACCAUGAGCAUGGAACUAUGGUGGUGAAUCUUCACUCUGAUGCAGAUAUCUCUGACAUAGACAGAUCGAAUGAAGGUGUAACAACGGGGAAGUAUGUGAGAAAAGUCGGUAGAGCUUAUAGAAAGGGUUUAAUGGAGAAUGAGAAGAACGGGAUGGUGUUUGCUUGUGAAGUGCCAUGGCUAUGUAACGUAUCUUUGGUGGUGAGCAGAGGGAUGGGCUUAGAGGGAAGACAUAAUGGCAAAAUCAUGAGCAGUCUAAUGAAGACUUCACUAGAAGUGGACCAAAUCUUGCGUCUGCCUUUCUCUUGCUUGGAUUAUCUGAAAACUGGUCUUGCCAUCAUAUAACUUGAUCUCAGGAUUUAAGGUAUGUUUUGUGAGUAGAAAAGAGAGAUAUAGCAAAUGAAAAUCACAAUAGUAGGCUGUAAAACGCAAUGAAACUUGUGACUUGUGGCUCCAAUAUGGUUUAGGUUGUCGUGCACUUACGAUUGAAAUAGAAUUGUGUUGUCAUAUAAUAAUACAAGAGUUGUCUCGUGCAUCAUGUGUUGCUCGAACACGAUAAAGCCUUGGUCCUCCAAAGAGAAGUUGAUCUUCCUCUUGUUUCAUGUUGACCACAUAGCAUGUAACUUUAUCC